AUGAAGACGGAAGGUGUGGUGCAGGCCGCGCCGUUCGGCGGGAGGAAGCAGAGUCUGAUCGAGGAUGCUCGCAGGGAGCGCGGCAGCGGCUCCGCGGGCUCCCCGGGGCCCUCCAGGUACGGAGACGGCUUCGUGUUCGAGGAGAAGGACGGCAGGGUCACUCUGAACGUCCUGUUCACUCUCAGCAACGAGAAAAACGCGGGAUUCUUCAAAACCGGGAAAAUAUUCGAGACGUUUGAAGCUAAACUUCUCCACAUCGAGAGUCGACCGGGGAGGAAGUCGAAGAACAGCACGACGGACCUGGAGUUUUUCAUGAAGUGUGAAGUUCACAGCUCUGACCUGGAUGUUUUCAUCAACUCCCUGAAGAGAGUGGUUGAUGACGUUCGCUCCAUACCGGAGGAAAAAGUUCCCUGGUUUCCCCGACAGAUAAAAGACCUGGACAGAUGCAACAUGCUAAUAACCAAAUUUGAUCCAGACAUGGAUCAGGACCAUCCGGGAUUCAGUGAUCCAGAAUACAGGAAAAGACGGGCUUAUAUCUCCGAACUCGCCUUCAGAUACAAACACGGGGACCCGUUACCCACGGUGGAGUACACAGCAGAAGAAGUAUCCACAUGGAGGGAGGUUUACCAGCAGCUGCGGAGUAUUUACCCCAGUCUGGCCUGUCGUCAGUUCCUGGACGGGCUGCAGCAGCUGGAGAGAGAGUGCGGCUACGGAGAGGACCGUAUCCCUCAGCUCAGAGAGGUGUCUGCCUUCCUGAGAGAGAAAACGGGUUUCCAGCUGCGUCCGGUCGCCGGCCUCCUGUCGGCCAGAGACUUCCUCGCCAGUUUGGCCUUCAGGGUGUUUCAGUGCACACAGUACAUCCGACACUCCUCUGCACCCAUGCACUCCCCUGAGCCAGACUGCUGUCAUGAACUUCUCGGCCAUAUUCCCAUGCUGUCAGAUAAAGAAUUCGCCCAGUUUUCGCAGGAGAUUGGACUUGCCUCGCUUGGAGCUUCAGAUGAAGACAUUGAGAAACUGUCAACAUUGUACUGGUUCACUGUGGAAUUUGGCCUCUGCAAGCAGAACGGAGCAGUGAAAGCUUACGGCGCUGGACUCCUGUCGUCCUACGGGGAGCUGGUUUACGCUCUGUCCAACGAGCCAGAGUACAAGCCGUUCCACCCAGAGGAGACGGCGGUGCAGCCGUACCAGGACCAGACCUACCAGCCUGUCUACUUUGUGUCCGAGAGCUUUGAGGAUGCAAAGAUUAAGUUGAGGAGGUUCUCUACAACCAUCAAGCGUCCCUUUGCGGUUCGCUAUGACCCCUUUACCUGCAGCCUGGAGGUUCUGGAUCAACCCAGCAAGAUCCAAAAUGCUCUGAGCCAGAUGAGAGAAGACCUGAAGACCCUGCACGGCGCCUUGGAGAAGCUCAGCUCAUCUUAAGACCAGGACCGGACUUCCUGUAGAGAUAAAGACAGACGGACACUUGCAAACACGAAGGACGGACAUUUGGCCUGUGUAAACGCUGUAUAUGAGAUCGACCAUUAUGAACAGCACAUAAAGAGAAUCACGAUGUAGUCAGGUUUGUG